UGAGCAGAAUAAGUAGAGCGGUCGACAUCUUUGACAGCGAUAGCGGACUCGUCCGUGAUCGUGCAGUUUUUUUGAGCUUUUAAAAAGAAUUCUGGUUAUUUUGGGGGGGAAAUUUGAAAGCCCAGAGCAUCACUGGAGUAUAUCUUUUUUUCUGACCUGUUUUGACUAAAACUUGUUUUAAAGAUGGGCAGUCAGUACCAGCGCUCAGUACCACUAGAAGUGAGGAGAGCAGAGGGAGAGAGAGUUCGGGCCAAGCAUCCUGACAAGAUACCAAUCAUUGUUGAGAGGUCCCCGAGGUCACGAGCUCCUGAACUGGACAAGAAGAAAUACUUAGUACCCUCCGAUUUAACAGUCGGCCAGUUGUGCUUCCUAAUCCGUCAGCGUGUGUCUUUGAGACCAGAGGAGGCGCUCUUCUUCUUUGUCAACAACUCUCUUCCCCCAUCCAGCUCCCCUCUUUCUGCAGUAUAUGAGGAGCACCAUGAAGAGGACCUGUUUCUCUACAUGACCUACAGUAAUGAGAGCGUGUACGGCGCGUGAGGGCGAACGAAAGAGCAAGAGAGCAAAUGAGAAGAGUGAAAUGGGCUGAAGAAAGAAUUGGGGCUGUUUCGAAAUGCUUCACGUCCACCUUUUAUUCUCUAUAAUAGUAGUUUUGAUAAGUAACUACCGUGCAUGGUGGAAGAAAAGCUUUGUAUAAAACAAUGUGGUGCUGGCAUGGUUUUAACUUUCAACAGUAUUUUAAGGGGAGAAGGAUGGUAAGUCAUGCUGAUUUCUUUACUCAGUAAACAAAAACACAGGAAGGCUUGAAAGCACAAAUGCUUUGUAAGAAGUGGAACUUAUUGCAAUUAUGUUGAGAGAGCUCUCUGUUUUCCUCACUUACCUGUAUUUAAUGCAAAUAGUACUUUUGUUUUUGUAAAUUAUCAUAAACUUUUGUGGAAAAUAAAAAAAAAAUGCCAUCCAU